AUGUUUCCAACAUGCCAAGUAAUAAUCAAUACAUUGUUAACAUUAGUUAAAACAAUGAAAAAUGAAUCAAAUCAAAAUGACUGUGAUGGAAUGCUUCAUACACUGGAACAACAAGUGGUGUUAUUAAAUGAACAACAUGAUAAAUUCACACCACAUCAUUUGAAAUUAGAAGAAAUAUUAUCAAAACAACAAGAAGCGUUGAAUUUAGCAUUGAAUUUCAUUAUACAUCAAGCAAAUGUUUAG